AGUUCCCGGCGGAGCGGCGGCGGCUCCGCGCUCGGCUCGGCUCCGCUGCCGCGGGGCCCGCUCGCCCCCGCGCCCGGCCAUGGCGCGCUGAGCGCCGCGGAGCCGCCAGCCCGGGGCCGGCCGGGGCAGCCGGCACGACGGAGCCGGCAGGACGGAGCGGGCCCGGCGGGCGGGACGGCGCUCGGCCUGCGCCGGGCGGGCGCGGCGGGCGGCGGCGGCGGGCGGAGGCGCCAUGGAGCCGGCGGAGGUGAAGGACCGCAUCCUGGAGAACAUCUCCCUCUCCGUCAAGAAGCUGCAGAGCUACUUUGCUGCCUGUGAGGACGAGACCCCAGCCAUCAGAAACCACGACAAGGUCCUGCAGCGGCUCUGUGAACACCUGGACCACGCUCUGCUCUACGGCCUGCAGGACCUUUCCUCGGGGUACUGGGUGCUGGUGGUUCACUUCACGCGCCGAGAAGCCGUCAAGCAGAUCGAGGUGCUGCAGCACGUGGCCACCAACCUGGGCCGCAGCCGGGCCUGGCUGUACCUUGCCCUCAAUGAGAAUUCCUUGGAGAGCUACUUGAGGCUGUUCCAGGAGAACCUGAGCCUGCUGCACAAGUACUAUGUCAAGAACGCCCUGGUCUGCAGCCACGAUCAUCUGACCCUGUUCUUAACGCUGGUGUCUGGGCUGGAGUUCAUCCGCUUUGACUUGGACCUGGAUGCUCCGUACCUGGACCUGGCCCCGUACAUGCCCGAUUACUACAAGCCCCAGCACCUGCUGGACUUCGAGGAGCGCCUGCCCAGCUCCGUGCACGGCUCCGACAGCCUCUCCCUCAACUCCUUCAACUCCGUCACCUCCACCAACCUGGAGUGGGACGACAGUGCCAUCGCCCCCUCCAGCGAAGAUUAUGAUUUUGGAGAUGUCUUUCCAGCAAUGCAGACCAUGCCCAGCAGAGACUGGGAAGACGGAGACCUGACGGACACGCUGAGCUGCCCGCGCUCCACCGCCUCGGAGGCCGCCGGCAGCAAGGCCCCGGAGAAGAGCCCGACCCAGCGCCACAACCCCUUCAACGAGGAGAAGGCCGAGGUGCCGUCCUCCACCGACACCACGCCGGUGCACACCGCGGCCCGGGACAAGGCAGAGGCCACUCCCGAGGGGACGGACCAGUCCGAGAGCUGCAUGGAGCUGGAGGUCAUCAGGUUGGCCAAGAAGAAGAAAACGGGCAAGAAGAAGAAGGUGAAGGCCGAGGAGGUGGUGAGCAGCCCGGCCCCCGCAGCGCCCGAGGCCAGCGGGGACAGCGGCAUCAACGGGCUCAGUGACCGGGAGGAGCCGCCCGGGGACCCGCGCGGGCCGGAGGAGGGGGGCGAGCGGCCGGCCCUCGGGCAGCUGGCCCUGCACAUCCCCGAGAUGAAGGACACGUCCAUGGAGAGCCUGGGGCAGCCCCUCAGCAAGGUCAUGGACAGGCUCAACGGGCAGCUGGACCCCGGGGGCUGGAACGCCCCCCUGGAGCCCCCCGGGCAGCCCUUUCGGACCGGCACGCCAGGGGAGACCCCGGAUGGAUCGUCCUCUGGCGACUUUAGCGAGGGGAUUUCAGCCCCCAUGGACUUCUACCGAUUUACCGUCGAGAGUCCAAACGCUGCUGCACCAGGUGGUGGCCACCAUGACCCUCCAGGGCCUGGCCAACCGCCACAUGUUUCUGGUAGCCCUGAGGCUCCUGAAGAAGAAGAAAGCAGAGAGAGAGAAGCAUUUGGGGCAGUAGAGGAGUCUGGAAGGGCGAGUGAUGAACCCCAAACUGGCCAGACAGAAACCACCAACGCCCAGGCUCCCUGUGAGCCCAAGAAGGAGCAGCCCAGCCCUUCCCUGAGCAGUGCCGAGGACUCUGGGGUGGAGGAGGGGCAGGGCAGCCCCUCAGAGCUGACCCAUCCCUCCGAGUUCAGGGUGGAUAACAACCAUCUCCUCCUGCUGAUGAUCCACGUCUUUCGGGAGAACGAGGAACAGUUAUUCAGGAUGAUCCGAAUGAGCACCGGGCACAUGGAGGGGAACCUGCAGCUGAUCUACGUCCUGCUGACGGAUUGCUACGUGUACCUGAUCCGGAAAGGGGCAGCGGAGAAGCCGUACAUGGUGGAGGAGGCCGUGUCCUACAACGAGCUGGAUUACAUCUCGGUGGGGCUGGAUCAGCAGACAGUGACCCUGGUGUGCACCAACCGGAGGAAGCAGUUCCUGCUGGACACCGCCGACGUGGCUCUCACCGAGUUCUUCCUGGUCUCCCUGAAGUCAGCCAUGAUCAAAGGGUGCCGGGAGCCCCCGUACCCCAGUAUCCUCAUGGAUGCCACCAUGGAGAAACUGGCGCUGGCAAAGUUCGUGGCGCAGGAGUCCAAGUGUGAGGCCUGCGACGUGGUGGUGCGAUUCUACGGCCUCGUUCACUGGGAAGACCCCAUGGAUGAGGCGCUGGGACCUGCCAGCAACAGCUGCUCCUCCGGUGAAAACGCCGUCACCAAGGACGGCAUCCUGCACUACAAGGCAGGGACCUCCUACCUGGGCAAGGAGCAGUGGAAGACCUGCUUCGUGGUGCUCAGCAACGGGAUCCUGUACCAGUACCCGGAUCGCACCGACGUCACCCCUCUGCUCUCCAUCAACAUGGGCGGCGAGCAGUGCGGGGGAUGCCGGCGCUCCAACACCACCGAGCGGCCCCACUCCUUCCAGGUGAUCCUGACGGACCGGCCCUCCCUGGAGCUGAGCGCCGACAACGAGGAGGACAUGGCGGACUGGAUGCAGUACUUCUGCCAGGCUGUCUCCAAAGGGGUGAUCCCCCAGGGUGUUGCCCCCACGCCCUGUGUUCCCUGCUGCCUCGUGCUGACGGAUGAGAAGGCUUUCACGUGCCACGAGGACUGCCAGACCAGCUUCUUCCGCUCGCUGGGCACCGCCGAGCUCACGGACAUCGCCGCCGUCUCCACGGAGGCUGGCAAGGAGUACUGUAUCCUGGAGUUUGCUCAGGACAGCAAGGAGUUCCUGCCCCCCUGGGUCCUCUAUUUUAGUUGCACUACGGAGCUGGAGAGGUUCCUGUCGGCACUGAACGCCGCGUGGAGGAACAUCUACCAGGUCGAACUCCUGCACAAGGCCAUCCUGGACGCCGCUGUCAAGAAGAAGUGUGAGGAUGCCCAGAGCCUCAUCGACAGCGCGUGGCAGCGCAGUGACAGCCUGUGCCGCGGCCGGGCUGAGCGGGACCCCUGGUGCUGACCCUGCCCGGGGAGGACAGCUCAUGGGGGCCCAUCCUGGGGGGAAGCAGGGCCUGUGCCUGGCCAACUGGCACCCCAAACCCUCCUGCCACCGCUCAGUCCCCACCAGGGACGUGCCUGCAGCGUGGACCCCGCGCCCACUGCCGAGCCAAGGACGUCCAGCACGUUUUGGGAGCAGCCGGACUCUUCUCCACCUGCGCCUUCCUCCUCGUCCAGCUGCCACAGGGCAAAGAAUUUGCCUUUCAUGGAAUAAUGUCCCACUAGUAGUGAGGGAGAGGGUGGGAGUGGGGUGGGCUGGGAUGAGCAUCCCCCCGUUGUGGCGGGGAGCAGGACUGAAGACUUGUUCAUUUUAGAACAGGGUCGGGGCGCGGAGGGGGCGAGACGGGAACACUCAGUCGCUACCGUGCAUGUUUUGUUGCUCAUACAAUCACCGAGUACGGCACUGCUGCGCCACCUCCUCCUCCUGGAGAACCACCCGGGGCCUCCGGACAUCACAGAGCCACUCCCAGCCUGUCCAUGAGGUUUGAGGCUAAGGAAGAAGGAACAGGGCCAAAAAUUUGGCCUUAAAACAUCCCAGAGUGGUUUUAGGAGAGCUCAGAAGGCGGUUUGAGGUUUGGACGCUGGUCCUGUGUGCCGGGGAGGGGGUGAAGAGAUGGAGUCCCAUGUUCUUCAGGCGUCCCGAGGGACGUUGUCACGUGGCUGCCACCGAACACAUCCCCACCUCCUCGGUUCCUGCACCCGAGGCCGGCACGGACCUGUCGCCGCUUGCGCUCCACAGCGAGCACUUUGGGGCACAACCCCAGCUUUUAAAUAAUAAUAAUAAGAAGAAUGAAUAAUAAUAAUAAUCCAGAGACCUUCUGAUGUAAUAUAAGUUCACGGGGCCUUUUUCUGGGAGGAAACGUACGUGACUGAAUGUAUAUGUACAUACAUCUGCUUCCUUUCCCCCCUCCCCAAAUAAACAGUCAUUGGUAACUCA